ACUAAGCCUUGAAUAAUGGAUCGUGAUGGAUGUCCAUUGGAUGGGACAUGUUAUCCAAACCUAAGCCAUCUACAAGUUCAGGAGCAUUCCAUGUCAGCAGCAUCAUCUGCCACAUCAUCAAACUCACCCUAUCAGAUCGUUGCAUUGGAUUACGGAUUCCACCAUGCAAGCCAAUCAAAGCACAUGAACAAGAAUCCUAUGUGGCAUGCCCACGUCCACCAGCUCAACAAUAUAGUAUCUCAUUUCUCCGUCAUCUCCAUUCUCCACAAUUACGCCAAUCCAAUUCUGAACCACUACCUCCUCCCCACCAGAGGCUCAGUUUCCGGCGACCCAGGAAUGGCUUCUCUGGCAGCAUCCACGGCGGCUGCCUCUCUUGGCGUGUCUGAAAUGCUCGGGAACCCUCUCAACUUCAGCGGCGCAGCAAGGUCAGCAGCUCCAACGGCCUCCAGCCCGGCCACCUUCAAGACUGUUGCACUUUUCUCCAAGAAGAAAGCGCCGCCUCCUAAGUCCAAGCCUGUUGCUUCUCCGGCAAACGAAGAGCUUGCCAAGUGGUACGGUCCUGACAGAAGGAUUUUCUUGCCGGAUGGUCUCUUGGACCGAGCUGACAUCCCGGAAUACUUGACCGGAGAAGUUCCUGGAGACUAUGGUUACGAUCCUUUUGGGCUUAGCAAGAAGCCAGAGGAUUUCGCCAAAUAUCAGGCAUUUGAGGUGAUUCACGCCCGGUGGGCUAUGCUUGGUGCGGCCGGAUUCAUUAUCCCAGAGGCCUUCAACAAAUUUGGUGCCAACUGCGGCCCUGAGGCUGUCUGGUUCAAGACAGGAGCUCUACUCCUGGAUGGGAACACAUUGAAUUACUUCGGGAAGAACAUCCCCAUCAAUCUCAUUCUUGCUGUGGUUGCUGAGGUUGUUCUUGUUGGUGGUGCAGAAUAUUACAGAAUUACCAAUGGCUUGGACUUGGAGGACAAGCUUCACCCAGGUGGUCCUUUUGAUCCAUUGGGGCUUGCAAAGGAUCCGGACCAGGCUGCAGUUCUGAAGGUGAAGGAGAUUAAGAAUGGUAGACUUGCAAUGUUUGCGAUGCUGGGUUUCUUCAUUCAAGCAUAUGUGACUGGAGAAGGUCCUGUUGAAAACCUUGCAAAACAUCUCAGUGAUCCUUUCGGCAACAACUUGCUCACUGUCAUUUCUGGAGCUGCUGAAAGAGCUCCAACUCUGUGACUUAAUUUUAAGCUCCAAUUCCACAAGCUUCGAUGCAUUGUAAAUUAAUGUCAUGCACUGAUACGUUUUAUCUAAGGCAUGCAACCUUAAUCUUCUACUCGAAUCAUCCAUCUCCAA